AUGUUUCUCAUACUACUCGGUGCCUUGAUAACCUACAUUGCGGUUGUACGCUAUUAUCGCUAUCAAUAUGUGAACAAUCUUAAACGUGAUUAUCCAGAUCCGGACGUCAUCCUAAAAAACGGCAAGAUCGCUCAAGAGAUCUACUGCCAAACGUUCCGCAAAGAAUUUCCAUUAAUCAGUCGAGAGUCCGUUGAAGUUGCAUUAUUUAAAACGUUUACUUCGCCCACAGUGAGCAAAAUUUUGGUCAGCACCCGCGAGCUAGAAAAGCAUCCUCUUCGCCGUGCGGAGGACACCGAGUUGAUCUUGUCUGAGAUUAUCGAUGUCUAUCCUCGAAUACAAAACCAGCUCAUGGAGAAUCGGAAAGUCAGCUCUAUGGAAACGGCAAAGCAAUAUGAACGCGCGGAAAUGUCGAUCCAUCGUCUUAACGAGUUGCAUAGCAAAUAUCCUAUUUUAAACGAUGACUAUAUCUUUACGAUCGCGCUAUUUGUAAACGAACCAAUCCGAUGGAUUAAUGCAUUUGAAUGGCGCCAACUGGAUAUCCGUGAAGUCAACGCAAGUGCAUUUUUCAAGGUGUGGUAUGAUAUUGGUCACAAGAUGAAUAUCAAAGAUCUACCAGAUACCUAUGAGCGAUUGAUGGAAUUCAAAAAGGAGUAUGAAGAAAGGGGAGUGCGUUACUCUCCAUCCAACUGGAAAGUCGCUCAACCAACAUUGUGCCUCUUAUACAGCCGUCUCCCUCGAUUCAUGAAACCAGUGGUUCGGGGUGCACUGCCAUGCUUCUUGGAAAAAGUUGAUCGACAAGCAUUCGGGCUUGAAGAACCGUCUUGGAUGAUGACCCAGCUUUUACACGGUAUUUUGCGGCUACGUGCCAACUUUAUCCGUUAUUUCCUUUUACCCCGUCGUCAGUAUUGGACGCGUACACCAUGGCAGCCCGAACAGAACGGCAAGUACAUGCCAACCUUUUGCAUCUAUGGCACGGUCUAUCCCAAUGGAUACCGAAUUUCAGAGCUAGGACCUGCCAAGUUCGGUCCCAAAUGCCCAGUGAUGCUCCACUAAAUAAGGAAAUAAACAUUUGUUUCAUGGUUACACAAAUGGAACCGGUAUAAGAAAGAUAUCGUGACAAGUAAUAUGGAGAGUGGAGUGUGCUUUUCUCUAGAAGCAUCACUUUCGAAUAUACAUGAGAUGCACUUUACAACUAAAACGACAUAACGAAAGGGACGGUGGCGAUCUUUGCAGUGCUCUUUCUCUCAUUCUCCCUUCCGGCUUAUGUUGUGCAUCGUUUCUCACGACAAUGAAUAAACCGAGGACAAAAUUGCUGUGUGCGACCCCAUGUCUAACUGACUCGAC